AGCGGAAGGGGGCGGAUGCUGGCGGCGCGGCGGGCACUGUGGCCGGGCUGGCGUUGUUGGAGCUGCGAGCGUAAGAAGAUGAGGCUGCUGGCGGCUGCGGCCCUCCUGGGGCUCGGCGGGUCUCUCCUGCUGCUCCUCUUCCCGGCGACUCACGCAGAGGAGCGCAAAAAGGGGCCCAAGGUCACAGCCAAGGUGUAUUUUGAUCUGCGAAUUGGGGAUGAAGAUGUAGGCCGAGUUGUCAUUGGCCUUUUUGGAAAGACAGUUCCGAAAACAGUUGAGAAUUUCAUCGCUUUGUCCACAGGGGAGAAAGGGUUUGGCUACAAGGGUAGCAAGUUUCACCGUGUGAUCAAGGACUUCAUGAUCCAGGGAGGAGACUUCACCCGGGGAGACGGGACAGGAGGCAAGAGCAUCUACGGGGACCGCUUCCCCGACGAGAACUUCAAGCUGAAGCACUACGGGCCCGGCUGGGUGAGCAUGGCCAACGCGGGCAAGGACACCAACGGCUCCCAGUUCUUCAUCACGACCACCAAGACGUCGUGGCUGGACGGCAAGCACGUCGUGUUCGGCAAAGUCCUGGAAGGGAUGGAUGUGGUGAGGAAGAUAGAAAGCACUAAGACGGACAGUCGGGAUAAACCCCUGAAAGAUGUCACAAUUGUUGACUGCAACACUAUCGAGGUGGAGAAACCGUUCGCCAUUGCCAAAGAGUAACUCGCGGCUGCUGGGGGGCCAGGAUCGCGCUCUGGCUUGCAAAGGGCUGGGGCCCAACACUCCUGCUGAGGCCUCGUGUUGUCCUGCCUCGCUCCUCGGGCUGAGUGGCAGCGGCUGCAGUCUCCGCUGCCAGCGGAACAACCGAUUCUAUCUGCCACGGCCGGCACAGCCCUUCCGGAGCAUUUGGCAGGUGUUGGGUUCCUCAUUCCUUUUUGUAAGAGAGCACAUGGACCAAUAAAGGAGACCAUUGUGUUUUUGUA